AUGUAUAAUAGUAAAAGAUCAGUGAAGAUUCUUUUAGUCUACAACAAUUUCUAUCAAAUUCUUCAAAAUGUAAGCAGACCUUUGUUGAAGAUAACUCACCGAAGUAACAUUAAUAAAGAGAGUGUAAAUAGUUAAUUUAAUGAAAAUCCUAUAAAGAACCAAUCAAAAACUUUCAAAUUAUGCUACCCGUUUGGAUCAUAGUAAAAUCAGCCGCAAGAGUAGGAUUUAAAAUAAUGAUAUCUAUAAUCCUUUAUGAAAAAUCACUAUAUGGACCUUCGAGAAGUAUUAAGCAAACGUAUCAUUCAUAACCAGUUAUUUUCUUUGAAAGUAAACAUGCUCAUAAAUAAGAAUAGAGAGCAGACAUUUGGACAUUUACAAAUUUACAGAAUGAUGAUUAUUAUUGA